AUGGCUGGAAAGAAGCUUGUCGAAAUAGAAAGAACAGGCAAAAAAAUACAGGAAGGCGGAAAGAUAGUUCUGGGCAUAAUCAAAAAGCUGGGGUACACAAAAACUGGCGGAGAAAUAAAGGAAAUUCCAAAGGCGCCUUUGCUGACCUUCCAUGAGAGGGGGAAGCUAGAGAAAGAGCUGAAGAAGGAGGUCAAGAAGCUAAACAACCUGAAAGAGCUUUUGAAAAGCGGAGCGAAGGAGGACAAGAUAAAGGAGGAAAUAGAGGUGUAUAGGAAAGGGGUUGAUGUAAUGAUAGAAAUAGAGGGCGCUGUGGGGAAGUACUUGCAGGAAAAGGCAGAGGUAUUUUACAACCGGCCAGAAAAGGAAAAGGUUGCAGAGGCCAUUAAAAACCUAGAGCUAGAAAUAAAAACAAAGAAAACAACGCAGAUAACUGUAGAGUACAUGGAGACGCUUCUGGCCAAGGCAGUUGAGAAGAAAGAUCCUGUGGGCCUGUAUCUAAACGAGUACUACGAGGGGAAAAAGAGCGUGUUAGACUUGGUAAAUGCGCUUAUAAGCUCCCCUGUGGGAAAAGAUGAAUCUUCGGAGGGCGUCUGGAAAGGAGAAAGCACCGGAGAGGCCCGGCGAAAGAAGAAGGAAAUAGAGGAGAAGAAAGAAGCGCUGUCCUUUUCCGAGCCAGCCCCGCUCCCAAAAGAGAAGAGGCCGAGCGAAAAGGAGAAAACAGACACAAAGUCCCACUUUUAUGCGCUGUCCAGAAGAAUCGAAAACAUAAAAACUCCGCUAGGUGUGCAACUUGUAAAUAGCAUGAGAAACUACCUGAACUACAACGGGAUAUGUGCCGAAACUGGCCCGAAGGACGACAACGAGGACAUUCCUGCGCAUUUUCCAACAAAAGCAAGCAUUUUAUUAAGCAAUCCUGAAUUCUACCAGAAGCUGGACAUGGACACGCUUUUUUUUAUAUUCUACUUCCACCAGAACACUGCAUGCCAGUACUACGCAGCAAAAGAGCUAAAAAACUACUCUUGGCGGUUUCACACAAAGUAUAUGGCGUGGUUUCAGCGGCUAGAAGAGCCUAGCAUUAUAACGGAAGAGUACGAGCAGGGCACGUACAUAUUCUUUGACUACGAGGUGUCGUGGAGCAGUAGAAAGAAGGAAAACUUUAGAUUUGACUACAAGUAUCUGGAGGACAUAAGCCUAUAA